UGUUAUUUAAAGGUACGAGACUGCGGGUUGUUUCCUGUCACUAGUAAAUUAGGUGUAUAGUUGGUUAUUGAUUGCCAAGUCAAAGUAUUAUCGAUUUAUUAAAAAUAUGGGUGAUAUACUGCCAAUAGAGAAUAUCAAGUUAGAAGGCGAUUGCAAUGCUGUUGAUGAAAUCGAUAUAGUUAAUCCUUGGACGGUAACCAGUAAAUCUGACACCGGCGUCGAUUAUGAUAAACUGAUCGAGCGUUUUGGCAGUUUUCGUAUCGAUGAUACGUUAUUAUUACGUUUAGAGAAAGUUGCCGGUAAACCCGUUCAUCCACUAAUCAAGAGAGGCAUCUUUUUUUCGCACAGAGAUUUACAUGCCCUCUUGAGUAUGAAGGAGGCUGGUAAAACAUUUUAUUUAUAUACGGGCAGGGGGCCGUCGUCGGAUUCGAUGCAUGUUGGUCAUCUCAUACCGUUUAUAGUUACCAAGUGGUUGCAGGAGACAUUUGAUGUUCCCUUAGUAAUUCAAAUGACCGACGAUGAAAAAACGCUAUGGAAGGAUUUGACGGUAGAACAAUCUAUGAAGAUGGCUCGAGAAAACGCCAAGGAUAUUAUUGCCAUGGGGUUCGAUGUUGGUAAAACAUUCAUUUUUGCAAACCUCGAUUACAUGGGACGAUGUCCAGCAUUUUAUCAAAACAUUAUACGUAUUCAAAAGUGUGUAACUUUCAACCAAGUUAAAGGCAUAUUUGGAUUCGUGGACUCGGAUGUGAUAGGAAAAAUUGGAUUCCCUGCCGCACAAGCAGCUCCUGCUUUUUCAACUACAUUUCCUUUCAUUUUUGGAAAAGAUAAACUGCCUGUUCUAAUACCAUGUGCUAUUGAUCAAGAUCCGUACUUCCGAAUGACUAGAGACGUUGCACCACGGUUAGGUUUUCCAAAACCAGUGCUUCUCCAUUCAAGCUUCUUCCCAGCAUUACAGGGGGCCAAAACAAAAAUGUCGGCUAGUGAUACAAAUUCGGCUGUUUUUCUUACUGACACACCGAAGCAAAUAAAAAACAAAAUCAAUAAGCAUGCAUUUUCAGGAGGAAGACCAACUUUGGAAGAGCAUCGAGAAUUUGGAGGCAACACUGAUAUCGAUGUGAGCUAUCAGCUAUUGCGUUUCUUCAUGUACGAUGAUGAGGAAUUGGAAAGAAUUCGAAUUUCAUACAGCAAAGGAGAACUGCUUAGUGGUGAGCUAAAAAAAAUAGCAAUAGAAACACUUCAAUCAAUCGUUGCCGACCAUCAAAGGAAACGGCAAGAUGUAACUGAUGCGAUACUAGAACAGUUUAUGACACCAAGAAAAUUAAAUUAUAAUUUCAACGGAGUAGAUAGCAAAAAGUAUUGAAUAUUGAAGAGUGGUCAAACUACAAUUAUAGUUGGUAGUUGCAAUUCCUAAAAUAUUUCACAACUGAUAGCUUUCGUUCGAAGUCUUUUAUACUAUGUUAUAACCUUUGUUAAUAUCGUUGAAGCUUGAACGAAGAACUGUAUAAACGAAAAUAAUUAAAAAAUAAUCAGUUGUAAAACUUGAAUGAAAAUAGUUACUUAAUAGUAAUGUAACAAAAAAAUGGAGCUUUUUUCUUGUGCCUUGGUUUCCGAGUAACUAAGCCAUUUUCUUGCAUUGAACGGAUUUCACGCCAACUUGUCUAUAAUAUUGGUAGCACUCUCUCACAAACCAAUAAACCAUUGUGGAUGCAAAGACUUUAUCUAAACAGCAACUGUGCAUAAGUAGUUUUUCCGAAAUUUGUCCAGACUAGCUUUUAUUCUAAAUAAGUAAAUGUAGCUGCGAGGAUUGCUGCAUUUGGUAUGGCAUGGAUAAUUUAAGUAUUUACCUACUUACUUAUUCUGCCGAGAGCCGGGGUGACUCUUGCCGUAUCAAGAAUUCCUCUCCAUUGUACACGGUCCUGGGCUACUCGUCGCCAAUUCGUUGCGCGUCUCGACACACGCAAGACGGCUUCAACCUGGUCGAGCCAUCUAGCACAUUGAGCCCCUCUAUUCCUGGUGCCGGAGGGGUUC